AGUCAGUCAGUCAUCGUCUCCAACGGACCGAAGGCACACGUCCGUUCAGCCGCACGGAGUUAAAAUUUCGAACUUCGAUUCGAAUGCAGAACGCGUGCGGAUUUUUGCCCCGAGAAAGUGACUCGUGAAAAAAAAACCGGUGUUGCUAUUAUAAAAAAUUCGAAAGUUGAAAGGAUAUUUUUUUGGUCAGUUUUUGUGAUACACGUUACGUCGUCUCCCUUACGAUAAACUCCGGAAGACAAACUCCAUCGCACCGACCUCCUUACUGUGAUAACAAGAAAUGUCAUUAUCAAUCUGACAUCAAAACAUCAGCUGUUUUAGUUCGAACAAAAUCGGACAGUGAAAUAUGCGGAUAAGUUCCGAAAGUAGAUAGUAUUUGUUUAAAUUUGUUUUUUUUUUAACUGGUGUGAUGGCGUUAUGGAAGUCAGUGGGUCUGUGGACAGUGUGUGUGGUGUUAUGCCUGCUCGGGAAGAUAUCAGGGCUGGACAAUGGCCUGGCCUUGACCCCGCCUAUGGGCUGGCUAGCUUGGGAACGGUUUAGAUGCAACACCGAUUGUAAAAAUGAUCCGGAUAAUUGUAUUAGUGACCGUCUCUUCCGUACGAUGACGGAUAUCCUGGUAUCUGAGGGUUAUGCUGCAGCUGGCUACGAGUACAUCAACGUGGACGACUGCUGGCCGGAGCGCGAGCGUGACGCCCGCGGCCGGCUCGUGCCCGACAGAGAACGGUUUCCAUACGGCAUGAAGAGCUUGGCUGAUUACGUACACAGCAAGGGUCUGAAAUUCGGUAUUUAUGAGGACUACGGUAACUUCACGUGUGCAGGUUACCCCGGGGUCGUUGGUCACCUGUCUGGAGAUGCUGCGACAUUCGCCGCCUGGGGAGUGGAUUACGUGAAGCUGGACGGCUGCUACGCCCUCCCCGCUGACAUGGACUUCGGAUACCCAGAAUUCGGACGCCAGCUGAACCUCACCAACAGACAAAUGGUCUACUCCUGCAGUUGGCCAGUCUACCAGAUAUACGCUGGAAUCCAGCCGAACUUCUCGUCGAUUAUCGAGCAUUGCAACCUUUGGCGUAACUUCGAUGACAUUCAAGACUCCUGGGCAUCCGUCGAGUCUAUCAUAGACUACUACGGAAACCACCAGGACGUUAUCGUCCCCAACGCCGGACCGGGGCAUUGGAAUGAUCCCGAUAUGCUGAUUAUCGGCAACUUCGGCUUAUCAUACGAACAGAGUAAGACGCAGUUCGCGAUAUGGGCCAUACUGGCUGCGCCGCUCCUCAUGAGCGUGGACUUGAGAACGAUACGGCCCGAGUACAAGGCCAUCCUACAGAACAGGAAGAUUAUCGACGUCGAUCAGGACCCACUUGGAAUUCAGGGCAGAAGGAUAUACAAGCACCGCGGCAUCGAGAUCUGGUCCCGUCCAAUCCUGCCUAUCCAGGGCCAGUACUACUCGUACGCGGUGGCUUUCGUCAACCGGCGCACGGACGGCACGCCCUCCGACGUAGCCGUCACGCUGAGGGAGCUCGGACUUAACAACCCUGCUGGAUACAGGGUUGAGGAUUUGUACGAGGACGUCGACUAUGGCGUGCUGUCGCCACAGACCAAGAUCAAAGUGAAAGUGAACCCCUCAGGUAGUGUCGUGAUACUCCGAGCUGACGCCCAGCCCUCAUUCGCAUUCAACUCGAUACCGACGCGGACGCCAUACUCCCCACUCAACGACGUUUUCAGACUCACAAAGAAAUAGCGCCAUCUACCGGCGAACCCAACGAACUUGAAGUCAGACUCGACACGAUCUACAAGUACAAUAAAUAAAUGAUUUUAUCUAUCCUUUAUUAUAAGUCGUUUACUCGCUACGGAUUUGAGGUUAUGUUUUGAAUGCUCGCUUUAUUUUAUAAUUAGGUGUAGUUUUAGAUUGUAUUCAAAACGUGCGACUGUUUGUCUGGUUUCUGUUUCUGAGUCUUGAUUAAUUGUUGUUAGUUUGUUGUAUAUCUAGUGUAGGUUUGUCGGCUGUUUACUGCCUGUGCCUUCAGUGGUUAGCGAGACGUAGCGUGUAAACGAUUGCAAUCUGUAUGUGUACAUGUAUUAACUUUGGUGUGAAAGAUAGUUACCAGCCGGUGUCUCUGUCUUGCCUUAGGUUACAUUUUAUUUAUGUUUCAUUCUCGUUAGUGUGAUCAUUGAGAUGUUAUUGUGUAACAAACACGUGGAGAAUUGAUUAUUUGCCAUUACGUUGUACCUAGGAUAAGGAUGUACAUUUUAGAUGCCUAUAAAUGUAAGUUUUUUCGUAGUGAACGUCAAUAAAUAAUUAUACUUGUA